AUGAGGCAAAUAAUAUUUGGAGUUGUCGUAAUAAGUUUAUUAUUACCUUAUAUAUUAGGUAAAUAUUCUUUAACUUUAUUAUUACAAGAAUAUGAUGUUGGUAUGGGAUAUCUUAAUAAUGGUUCACAUUGUAAUCCAUUUUGGUUUGCUGGUAUAAAAUGUAAUAUUCAAUUAAAAAUUUGUAUUUCAUUAUUAUCUGAUACAACAUCAGUAGCUAAAUGUCAAAAUGAAAAUGGGAAUCCAUCAAAUCAAUGGAUUGACUUAGGACAAGUUACAAAUAAUAGUAAUUCUAUUCAAUUUUCAUUAACAAAAUAUAAUAAUUGGAUAAAUCCAUUGUUUAUCACUAGUAAUGAUGAUACUUUUACCGGUUUUUCAUUAUCAUUAGAAGCUUAUAACAUUAACGGAAAUGAAUUUGAAUUAAUUGAUUCAUAUACUUAUCAAUUUGCUGGACCAUCUGAUAUUAAUUCUACAUUAACAAAAAUUUCAUGGAUUGUUAAUGGUCCUGUUUCAAUACAAACAACACCAAAACCACAAUUAGAAGGAAUUUUUGAUUGUACAGAUUCACCAACAACUACUGGAAAAUUAACAUUAAAUUAUACUGAUACUACUUUUGAUGUAUAUUGUGAUCCUGGAAAUAAUGGUGCAUCAUAUACAGUUAUACAAGCACGUGGUCCCAAAAAUAGUUCAACUGAUUUUAAUAAAAAAUUUAAUGAAUAUGAAAAUUUAAUAGGUACAAUUGAAAAGAAUGGUAAUUAUUGGAUUGGACUAAAAAAUAUUAAUAAAAUUACAAAUAAUGGAAGAAAUUAUGAUAUGAGAAUAGAUCUAUGCUGUGGUGAUAAACAAAUUAAAACAUUAUAUUAUACAAAUGUUAAAAUUGGAGAUUCUACAACAAAUUAUACAUUAUCGUGUAAUGCUUUAGAUAGAGGUAUUGGAUUAGCAUUUGGACCAGGAGGUACAUAUGAUAUUAAUAUGUCAUUUAGUACACCAGAAUAUUAUACAGGUAAUACAAAUGGAUUACCAGAAGAAUAUUGUGAUAUUUUGACUGAUCCAUCAGAUCCAUCUAUAAAAUGGGGAACUGGUGGUUGGUGGUAUGGUUCAUGUGGUAAUAAUCUUAAUGGAAAAUAUAUACCAAAUAAAGAUGGAAAUUGUUCUACAAUAGAUCUUACAAAAGAAGAUUCAAUAAAAACAUCAACAACUGGUAUUGAAAUGGCAACACACACAACACAAAUAGGUAAAUAUCAAUUUGAUGGUAUUUCAUAUGAUAAAAUGAAUAUGAAAUAUAUUUUAAUUUUAUUAACAUUAAUAAGUUUGGGAACAAUUAUAACUUGUUAUACAUUAACGAUAUCAUUAUCAACAUUAAAUGUAACUGGAUAUUUAGAAAAUGGAAAAAAUUGUAGUAAAUUUGCGGAUGUUGGAAUUGAAUGUAAUCCACAACCUAGAAUUUGCAUUGAAAAAUUAACCAUUUUAUCAAAUGAUACAGAACACUGUAUAGGAAGCUAUUUUCAAGAUUUAAAUAUAUUCAAAGGUAAUAAAAUAACAUUUGAUACUCAAAAAUGGUAUAAUUCUUGGUAUAAUCCACAAAUAUUUAAAAAUUUAAAUACUUAUGAAGGAUUUAGAUUAAAAUUAUUUAUCUAUAAUGUUGAUGGAACAGAUUAUCAAAAAAUUGGUUCUUUAUUGUGGGAGUUUCAAAAAACUAAUACUGGAUCACAAACACCAAUCAAGUACAGCAAUACAAAUAGUGCAAAUGAUAAGACAAUUGAAGAAUUUUCUUUAUCAUAUUCUGUUCAAUAA